UUGUAAGAUGGCAGAGAAGAAACAAAGUGCAGCGCACGAAAUCACUUACUAUUUAAACGUAGAAAAUUGCAAAUUGGUAGCAGUUAGCAUCGUUAUUGGGUUUAUUAUAUAUCAUGGAUUUAUCCACCUGAAAAAUGGGAGUGACUCCUGCCGGUGGCUGCUGAGUGAUGGCAGGUUCCAGGGAUAUAACGCUUGGCAGCCUUAUGGUUGUAUGAUGCACAAAUACUCCAAGAGUGAAUCCAGAAACUGUAUGCAUUACAUCUCAUACUGGGGCCAUUCCAGCCAUUUUGCUUUUGUUGGAGAUUCUCGCAUACGACAGCUCUACUAUGAGUUUGUUAAUGUACUCAGUACAGAUGAAUUUAAAGUAGAGAAAAAACACUCUGAUGUUCACUUCAACGAUAAAAACUUAAAUUUAAAAGUGGAUUUUUUGUGGUAUCCAUUUGUGAAUCUUUCCAUGUACAAUGUUUUUAAAGCAUGGAACAAAUCAGAUGAUCAUCUGCCCAAUUUCAUAGUGGUUGGCAGUGGCACAGUAAGUGACAGUAUUUNCUAUGAGAAUGGGGUUGAAUCCAGAAACUGUAUGCAUUACAUCUCAUACUGGGGCCAUUCCAGCCAUUUUGCUUUUGUUGGAGAUUCUCGCAUACGACAGCUCUACUAUGAGUUUGUUAAUGUACUCAGUACAGAUGAAUUUAAAGUAGAGAAAAAACACUCUGAUGUUCACUUCAAUGAUAAAAACUUAAAUUUAAAAGUGGAUUUUUUGUGGUAUCCAUUUGUGAAUCUUUCCAUGUACAAUGUUUUUAAAGCAUGGAACAAAUCAGAUGAUCAUCUGCCCAAUUUCAUAGUGGUUGGCAGUGGCACAUGGAGCAUUAAAUAUUUCAAUGCAAGCGAGGCAUCACUUGUGAAUUUUAAAGCCAAUUUAACAAAAAUGAGACCUCUGUUUCGACAGUUACAAAGCAGAACAAAACUGAUUUGGAUGUUACAGGAUCCAGUGAUAGAAGACAAGCUUGGUCCAAACAGAUCAAUGAUCACCAAUGAACAAAUAGAUGAUUACAAUAAAGCAGCCAUCACUGAACUAGAGAAUAGCGGUGCUCAGAUUUGGAAGUCUUCCCGCCUCAUUGCACAGGGCCACACAGAGGACUCCACAGAUGGUCUCCAUAUAGGCAAGGUCCCCCUGGAGUGGGACACCCAAAUAUUGUUGAACAUGUACUGCAAUGACCAUAUGAACUUCAAUGACGGCACAUGCUGCAGUGAUGCUGAACCCAUCACAAAGGUGCAGAAGGCAACAGCAUUGGUAUUUGCUAUAUGCAUUGUACUUGCAGUUGUCAUGGUCAUUUACAAAAGAAAAUCCAGGAAAUCAGUAGCUAAUGAUGCUCUUGAUUCUGAAACUUCUGCUCCCACUACCCCUCUGGUCAUGUCUGAAAGUGCCUCUAAAACACCAUCUGCAGCUGACUCAGACUCCACCACCCCUGGGUACUGUGAUGUUAUAUAUGAAGUGAUGGUUGCCAUGGCAAAGUUUGGGAUCAUAAUGGCUUAUAGCUUCCUAUGUGACAGGACCACAUUUUUUAUGAAAGAAAACAAGUUUUACACACACUCAAAUUUCUUCCUGCCAUUUGCAUACAUUAUGAUACUUGGGUUUUUCUUCACUGAAGACACUAAACAGACCUCAGUAUUGCACAGGGACCAGACAGAUGAAUGGAAGGGCUGGAUGCAGUUGGUCAUUCUUAUAUAUCACUACAUGGGAGCCAGUAAAGCCUUGCCAAUAUACAUGCACAUACGUGUUUUAGUGUCAUCCUACCUCUUUAUGACAGGCUUCGGACACUUUUUUUAUUUCUGGAAGAAGGGUGAUUAUGGCCUGUUUAGACUGUGCCAGUGUGGUCGCAGGUGCAGACACGGUCUCUUCUCCUGCAAAACAAGAAACAACAGUUUGCAUCGUAUCUGUGAAGUACUCUUCCGCAUGAACCUACUAGUGGUGGUGCUAUGUUUUGUGAUGAAUAGGCCAUAUCAGUUCUACUACUUCGUCCCCUUGGUUUCUUUCUGGUAUAUUGUUGUUUAUAUCACCAUGGCAAUAUGGCCACAAGUAACAGAGGCCAAAACUGAAAGUCAUAGAAGACACUAUUUAUACAUGAUAUUAAAGUUUGUAGUCUUGGUAGCUGUGAUAUCCUUGCUUUAUCUCUCAGAGGUCUUCUUCGAGAAAUUGUUCUUGUCUCGACCAUUUAAGCCACUGUUUGUUCUAUCAGAUGACUCAAUCCACGAGUGGAGGUUCAGAUGGGAAUUAGAUCGUUUUAGUGUGACAUAUGGGAUGAUAUUUGCUUUUGGUUACCUUGUUCUAAAAAAGAUGGAACUUAUAGAUGACACCAACCAUCAAACCUUGUUCUCACGGGGAGUUUGUUGGGUUGUUGUUUUACUAUCACUCAUAGGUUUAGCGAGUUAUACAACAUUCUCAGUGCUAUGUCGUUCCAAACCUGAGUGCAAUGGAGUACAUAGUUAUAUAGUUUUUAUUCCUAUUGUUUCAUUUGUCUGCCUACGCAACAUUCCUGGUUGGCUGAGGUCAAGAUAUAGCUCAUUUUUUGCCUGGUUUGGUAAAAUAUCUCUAGAGUUGUUCAUUGCCCAGUAUCAUAUAUGGUUAGCAGCAGACACCCAUGGCAUCUUAGUCCUUGUUCCAAACUACCCAGUCCUUAACGUGGUCAUUACAUCCUUCAUCUUUGUCUGCGUAGCUCAUGAAAUUUCCAAAAUAACACAGACUCUGGCAAAACAUGCCGUACCCAAAGAUUGGAAACUGAUCCUGAGAAAUUUGGUUUGCUUCAUUGCAAUUCUUAUACCAGUUUGUAUAUCACAUGGAGUAUUUAACUCAUAGCAGAGGUGUCAAUCAAGGUGAUGAAAGUUCUUGGGGAGAUGUACAUUCCAUUUCAACUUGGCUUGUUCAUGCACAGAACCACAGUUUGUGUAAUUUUAAUCAAAUGUAGAGCACUUUGUAAUUGUAUGUUGUAUAAAUUUUUAAAACGUAAGAUUAUGAUGCUUCAUUUUCCUUUUGGUGAUAUUAGUAUGUGAUAGCUUUUUUUUUAAGGGCGGCUUGGACAGGAAAAGUUGAACUGCUUUUUGUUUAUUUUAUUGGCACUGCUGUUUUAGAAGUCAUAUUGCCGGGGUAUUUUUCUUACUGUUAGGCUGUUCAGUAGAGGGUGCCCUGUUUGUUGUGAUGUUUAUGAAUGGUAGGAUAAAUAUGUUUGAUGGAGAAUCACAUUACUAAUUUAUUAUAUAUGUAUAUUUCUUUUCAAAACUUGGAACUUGUAAAUGGUUUAAUAUAUAUGUGAUUGGGAAAUGUUUAAGGGGAAUAUAUAAUCUAACAUUUGAGGGUCAUUGUCUGAAUAUGGAUAGAUAUUUUUGUAGUCUCAUUUAGAUCCUAUACACUUGCUUCACCCUUGCUAGUGUGGUCAAUGACUUCAACUGACAACUUGGUUUAUGAAAUACUGAUUGUGUCAAUUAAUACUUAAGUAUCAUGUUAAUGAAGUAAAGAAGUGUUAUUAUAUGAUUUUCAUAUAGAAAUGUUAGAGGAUUAAACCAGCUCUUUGUCUAGUACAAAGGUGGCUAAGGUAUCUUGAUGUCCCCCCUAUCUACUCUGUCAGUAUUAAAUCUGUAUUGGCUAAGGAACAAAUGAACAAACAGAUCUUAACAUCUGCUUAUGUCUGGCAUUUACACACAUCUGAUUUUACUGUAUAUUGUAGCUUUAAAAUAUAUCAUACAGUUUAUCAGAAUAUUUCACAGUUCAUGUGCUAUCUAAAUCGCUCAUUGUCAUUCAUGUUAUUAUAAUUAUUGUUCCUAUUUAUUAUCUAGCAUAUUAAAAUUGUUUGAUAUGUUGUUACAUACAAUAUUAGAAGAGGUGUUAGAAAAGAGAAAAUAUAUUUUCAGAUUGCUAGAAUAAUAAUGAAGUCACCCUGAUUUAGAGAUUUUUUGUCAGUGAUGCCCGUCAAGCUGAUAUUGGGGAUUAGUUUGUAUGAAACUCUAAAAACUCGGGGGGGAUGGGGCAUUAGUUUUGCUAUCUGGUCAUGGAUGGUGUUCUCAGGGAAAGUAAAGUAGAGGUUUCUGUUUGAUUCUCAAUAAAAUUUGUCAUCUUGUGACUUGUUGUCAACCUGAAUUGACACUCUUUUCAUUGUUAAAAUUGGUGUAUACUGAAUCACCUCUUCUAUGGAAAAAUGAAUUCAGACUUGUAUAGAAUUCCACAUAAUUCAUACAAAGGUUGUCCAGCUUGGUGAAAUAGCAGUUGACAGUCUGUUAUAAUAUUUAAUACUGAAAUAAAUGGAAAUUUUGCUGUGGGAAAAGUGGAAUUGCGUAGUU